AUGUUCUCCGUCAUAAUUCCAGGCAGACCCUGCCUCACAGACAUCGUCCCAGUCGACCCGCAACCCAAUGGCCAAGCCACCAAAUUCGCCUUCACAAUCCCCCUCACCCCGGACCUCUCCGACCUCGUCGUCUUCCUCCUCCCCGGCACCGUUCUGCCCCCAGACACAGCCGCCGCAAUCUACAUCCAGUUCCCCUCCGACCCCAACGGCUUCCGCUUCAUCGGCGCCCUCGCCAACGAAAAGCCCUCCGCCAUUAUCCCCACGUCUCCACCCCCAAACCUCCAACCGGGUAUGACAGCAACAUUGGGAAUCUCACUCGAGCCCAUCGCAACCGUCGCACCGCAGCUCGAGGCCCUGGAGGCCGAAAAGGGCGCCUCGGGCCAACUAGUGCGGCAGACGAGGCAGAUCACGACCAAGGUGCUCGCGCAGCGCAUUAUCGGGAAUGCAUUUAAUUUCCUGGCCAGCUUUGCCUCGAGUGACCAGGAUGCGGUGCCGUUGAAGGCGUUCCGCGAUUGGUGGUCGAAGUUUGAGAGGAAGGUGGAGAUGGACCCGUCGUUUCUGGAGAGGGAGGAUCCGAGUGCUAGUGGGUGA